UUUGAAGCUUGUUGUUCGACCGUGACGAGGAAAGAGCGAUGGUGGGUCGGCCAAUGCAGGACAAGCCAGCUGUGGCAUUCCUCGGUCCACUAGGCACUUACACGCACCAGGCCGCAUACGAAAAAUUUGGGAGUGACGUCGAAUAUAUUGAACAAAAUUCCAUUGCAGAGGUAUUUGACUCGCUGUCUACUACAGUUGACAUAGGCAUAGUACCUCAAGAAAACUCGAUUUUCGGGCCAGUCAUCGAGACGUACGAUUGUUUGCGACGAGAUGAACCUAUCUUUGUCCGGGAUGAAAUUAUUUUGGCAAUCCAACAUUGUCUAAUUGUUCGGAAGGGAGUCCAACUUUCUGAUAUCGACUGCGUCAUGAGUCAUGAACAGGCUCUUGGACAAUGUCGGUCGUUCCUCGAGACGGAACUCCCACAUGCAUCACUUAAGAAGAUGCCGUCGACCUCAGCGGCGGCGAAAGCUCUUCUCUCGAGUCCUCUAACAUAUGCUGCCAUAUGCUCAAAAGCGUGCUUGACCGUUUUUGACGGUCUAGAAUUGCUGAACGAAGGCAUUCAAGACCAACACUCGAAUUUCACCCGUUUUUAUGUUGUGGCGAAAUCUUCAAACGAGGUGCCGUCUAGCACGGAGCGGCGCGGCCGAGCUCUUCUUCGUUUGUCCGUGGACGUAUCAAAUAAAUCAGCCAGUAUUAUGACACUGUUGGCUGCCUUGAGGAUAAACUAUAUCUCACGAAUAGAUCGUCGACCUGCUCUCGACAGUGUUCCUUUUCAUGAUAUGUAUUUUGUAGAACUUAAUUCCAUAGCCGAGCAGAGCCAAGACAUUUGGGAACGCGAAAUAGAGCACGGACUUGAGCGUGUUAGACUGGCCGGUGGAGCGGGGAAGCUUUUAGGUAUCUGGUAGACUGAUACAAAAAGAUCUGUCUAAUCUUUAAAUAGUAGAAUACAUAUAUUCGCGUAGUUGCACGAUCUAUCUAGAUCAUCAUAAAAGGAACUAAAAUUCAGGCUUCUAGGUUGGUCUCCUCAAUUUAAUGCUUUUGCGCUGGGGGUCCGCGGCUCGAUCUGGCACUUGAAAGGA